GACCCGGCGCCUAAAGGCUCCCAGGGGACUCGGCCCGGGCCAGCUAACCCGCGAGCCUUGCGGACACGUUGAGGUCAAUCUGUGGAUCGGCGCGUCCUCCUGCUGCGUGUGGCCGAUUGUGCCUGUCACCAGCACCUGCCGCCCGCACCUGUCACCUGCACCUGCCGCCCAGCGAGAGGCAAGCAUGGCCGACCGGGCGCCCUUCGACACGGACAUCAGCACCGUGACCCGCUUCGUCAUGGAGGAGGGCAGGAAGGCUCGCGGCACGGGCGAGAUGACCCAGCUGCUCAACUCGCUCUGCACCGCCAUCAAAGCCAUCUCCUCCGCGGUGCGCAAGGCGGGCAUCGCGCAUCUCUAUGGCAUCGCUGGCUCUACCAAUGUGACAGGUGACCAAGUUAAGAAGCUGGAUGUCCUCUCCAAUGACCUGGUUAUGAACGUGCUAAAGUCGUCCUUUUCCACCUGUGUUCUUGUGUCCGAAGAAGACAAACACGCCAUCAUCGUAGAGCAGGAGAAAAGGGGUAAAUAUGUGGUCUGUUUUGAUCCCCUUGAUGGCUCUUCAAACAUUGACUGCCUCGUAUCCAUUGGAACCAUUUUUGGCAUCUACAGAAAGCAAUCCACGGGUGAGCCUUCCGAGAAGGAUGCUCUGCAGCCAGGCCGGAACCUGGUGGCAGCUGGCUACGCGCUCUAUGGCAGUGCCACCAUGUUGGUCUUGGCCACCGAGAGUGGGGUCAACUGCUUCAUGCUGGACCCGGCCAUUGGAGAAUUCAUUUUGGUGGACAAGAAUGUGAAGAUCAAAAAGAAAGGUAACAUCUACAGUCUCAAUGAAGGCUACGCGAAGGACUUCGACCCCGCCGUCACUGAGUAUGUCCAGAGGAAAAAGUUCCCGCCUGAUAAUUCAGCGCCCUAUGGCGCCCGGUACGUGGGCUCCAUGGUGGCCGAUGUUCACCGCACACUGGUCUAUGGAGGGAUCUUUUUGUACCCUGCGAACAAGAAAAGCCCCAAUGGAAAGCUGAGACUACUCUAUGAAUGCAACCCGAUGGCCUUCGUCAUGGAGAAGGCAGGGGGACUGGCCACCACGGGGAAGGAAGCUGUGUUAGACAUCGUUCCCACCGACAUCCACCAGAGGGCGCCGGUCAUCCUGGGGUCCCCUGACGACGUGACCGAGUUCCUGGAGAUCUAUAAGAAGCACUCUGCCAAGUGAGGCGCCCGCCUUGCCCUCACCUGGAGGAAUGGCCUCCCUCUCCGCACUGUCCCCACCCUGCCCAAUUGUGCGUUCCCAGGCAGCACACAGAAAGCACGGGGUACCUUCACCUAACCCCAUGGGCGAGCUGGAUUCCUAGUGGAAGGAGGAGAAAUAAACUUUUCUUCCUUCCUUU